AUGAGUGCAUCAGAAAACCCUAUAGAUGAGAGCAUUGAGGGUAAAGCUUCUUCUUCCAGAACGUUAAAGCUGUUCGGUAUCCCACUAACCCCACCUGACUAUGACUAUGAAGUCGACAUUAAGAGAUUCAAAUGCCAUUUCUGCUUCCGCGAAUUCGCCAAUUCUCAAGCGCUGGGUGGCCACCAAAACGCGCACAAGAGAGAACGCAAAAAAACAGCACUUUCACCCUUCGGAACCUAUCGCCAUAACCAACGCUUCACACCACCUUCACCUAACGCCAUCAUGCUUCCGCACGGUGGAUCGGGACCGUUGGUUUGUCCACGUGGACCUUGGCUAUCGUGGGACGACGCUCAUCAUGGGGUUAGAUUUGUGAGACCAAUGGAUGGUAAUGAUAAUGGUGAUGAUAAUGGUAGUGAUGAUGUUGAUCUUAACUUGAGUUUGGCUAACACAUCUUCCAAAUUCAGGGACAAAGAAUUAGUCAGGUGGAGGAGAACUUGA